GGCGGGGAGGGUGGGGCAGGGACGGGUACCGAGACCGGCCCGGAGCCGGACUAUGAGGCCCUCCCACGCGGCUCCGCGGUUUCCACCCACAUGUUGGCUGGUGCUGUGGCUGGGGUGAUGGAGCACAGCCUCAUGUAUCCGGUGGACUGUGUCAAGACAAGGAUGCAGAGCCUGCAACCCGAACCUGCAGCUCGCUACCGGAAUGUGCUGGAGGGCCUGUGGCGGAUCAUGCGAACUGAAGGAAUCUGGCGGCCCAUGCGGGGGCUGAACAUCACAGCCACAGGGGCUGGCCCUGCCCAUGCCUUAUACUUCGCCUGCUACGAAAAGUUGAAAAAGACACUUACCGACAUUAUCCAUGCUGGGGGCAAUAGUCACUUGGCCAACGGUGCAGCAGGCUGUGUGGCAACAUUGCUUCAUGAUGCAGCCAUGAACCCCGCAGAAGUGGUAAAGCAGAGGAUGCAGAUGUACAACUCUCCAUACCAGCGUGUAACGGACUGUGUGCGCGCUGUUUGGUGCAACGAAGGGGCAGGAGCUUUUUACCGAAGCUACACGACUCAGCUGACCAUGAAUAUCCCCUUCCAGGCCAUCCAUUUCAUGGCAUACGAAUCCCUGCAGGAGCACCUCAAUCCCCACAGACAAUACCAUCCUGGCUCUCAUAUGGUGGCUGGUGCCUGCGCAGGUGCCAUUGCUGCUGCCGCCACCACCCCUUUGGACGUUUGCAAAACGCUGCUGAACACCCAGGAGGCCCUGGCACUGAAUACCAACAUCAGUGGGCACAUCACGGGCAUGGCUCACGCCUUCAGGACGGUGUACCGCGUGGGUGGGCUGACGGCUUAUUUCCGUGGGGUUCAGGCCCGCGUCAUUUACCAGAUGCCCUCCACAGCCAUUGCCUGGUCUGUUUAUGAGUUCUUCAAAUACAUCCUCACUGAGCGGAAGGAAGGACGGUGAGCCUGGAAGUGAAUUGGGACUUCUCGCCUUAGGAUGGCUGGUGCCAGACUUGGAUGACAAACA